GUCUCGCCAGGGCCACUCUUUUCGCCCGUGUUCACGUGAAGUUUUUGGGCGCCUCUUGAGCGAAGCACCGGGGCGGCGAUGUGGAGCGCCAGAAAUCCGGCACGGCUGGAUGGAUCCGCUCGCCAGAUGAUCGCGGCGCUGCUGCUGGCCAGGUAUUGAGAAGAGAAGCGGGAGGAAUCGAUCGGGGAUGGAAGCUGUGAGUUUCAGGCCCCUGUUCGUGUCGAGCGUGCUGGUGAAUCCGUGGGAGAUCGCAGCGGCGCAGCGGCCGUGCCGGGCGGAUUCGUGCGAGAGAUUUUCGUGCUGGGGGCAGCGAUCUUGUUCUUGGAAGGCUUUAGGCGGCGGCAGGAAUCAGGGCUUGAGAAGAAUGGGAAGGACGCGAAGAACACGACGGGCCUGCCAGACGCGGUGUGAGAAUCGCGACGACGUCCGUGUGAGCGAGUGCAGUACGUCGUAUAUCCCUGCGAAUUCGUCCUCUCUGGGGGAAUCUCUGAGUGGAGAGACCAUCACAGGCACAGGCGCUGCCACUCCUUGCUCCAUCGCCGGGGCAUUUUCUUCCAUGGUGGUGAUGCUGACGAGCGUACAAAGGCACGCGUUGCUGGCUCGAUCGUCGUCCCACGGGGCCGAGUUCCCGGCGCUCCUGGCCUCCGUCCAGACCGACAUGCACUGUUCAUUCCUCUGGCUCUUCCAGCACGUCUUCGCCAAGACUCCCAGGUUGAUGCUCUCGCUGAUGAUCAUCCUCGCGAAUUUCGUGGCUCUCUCGGCGGCGGGGACUUUCAGCAUGGAGCAGCAGCAAGUGGAAGUUUGCUCCAACGGCUUAUCAUCCUCCAAGAGCAAGAAGACCACGAUGGAUACGUCGAGCUCUCAGGAUGUUUUUAUAUCCGGGGCUUUCGCGCACGAAGUUUCUCCAUCGUCCGGCGACGAGGAGCUCUUCAUGGUCUCCAUGCUCGAGCAAGCCGCGGAGGAGCACAAAGUUGGCAACCAUGGCAAGUCUCCACACGCCGUGGAGAUUGCUCCCGCGGCAGCGCUGGUAGCUCCAAUCUCCGUGCACCUGGAAGCUGAUAACUACGAGUGCUUCGACCGGACGGAGCUACUCUACCAGGAGGCGCUCGCCACCGAUCAGAACAACCCGCUGAUCCUCGCGAACUAUGCCGAGUUCCUCUUCCUGGUUCGUCGUGACUAUGAAAGGGCUCAUAGCGUUUUCCACUUGGCACUUCGAGCCGAUCCCGAGGACGCCGAGAUCAUCUGCCGCUACGGCAAAUUCUUGUGGCUGGUUCAUCGGGACCGGCGAGCAGCCGAGGAGGCGUACAGGGCAGCGAUGGCGGCGGAGCCAUCGAAUCCAUUCUACGCCGGCUGCUACGCUCACUUCCUGUGGCACUCGGGGGAGGACCCGGCAGCGUCGCGCUUAAUCGAGCGGGUCUCGCAGCGUAAGAUCGAUCAAUAAUCUUGAGCGUUUGUUUUGAUUCGUGCGAGCAGUGGACCUCAUAGAAGGAGAAACCCAGGCAAAUUGGGCUUCUCGAUGUGACAAUCCAGCGCGCUGGGUCGCACAAAAGGGAUCACACUCCAGACAAGUCGGAAGAAAAGAAAGAGAUACUUGACGUACAUAACACCAGAGUUUUAAUGGAGCCUUGUUUGAUCUUUCCACUGGUGAGGGGACAUUGCCAAUCACGAGCUUGUAUAAUCUGCUAUAUAUUCCCAUUUCGAAGUUACGGGGCAUUCGAAUCUGGGCCGUUGGAUGAGAGCCAUCCCCGUACAAAGAGGAAUGGAGGUUCUUUUAACUCCGCUGUGAUUCCAUCCGGCCCAUGCAGUAUGGAAACAAAAAAACCUUGGACAGUAUAUUUCCUUUCCAUGGGAUCACUAUCAUCUAUGUAUUUCAUCUACAAAUUCAUACUCGAAUUAGAACCCUCAUGGGGAAUUCAA